UUCACGGAAACAUCACUUUCUUCAGCGCUAGUGGAGAAAGAUGUCUUCACCAAAAGGGCCCGAAGAAGCGUCUGACUUACCUUGCGAUGAAGCUUUUGAGGAAGUAAACAAGUACAUUAAAGGUGUCUACGACAUUCUGAAACAGGAGGCGAAUAAAGUUCACAAAGAAAGGGAAGCGUUUGAAGAGGUGGCAAAGAAGCUUGAACAUGUCCACUUCUCGAAGAUGCUGAAACUUAAUGUUGGCGGCCACCUUUUUUCGACAAGUUUGUCGACCAUGAAUAAAGAUCCAGGUUCCAUGUUACAUGCCAUGUUUUCUGGAAGGUUUGACACAAAACCUGACGAGGAUGGAACCUACUUCAUUGAUCGAGAUGGAACUCACUUCCGGUACAUCCUGAAUUAUCUGCGCACGGGGGAACUUGUCGUCCCCGAUGAUAAGACUAUUCGCCAUGAACUGCUGAUUGAGGCCAAAUUUUAUCAAGUUGAAGGAAUAAUUAAGGCGCUGACACCAAAACUCUUCCAGGAUUCAGUGAUCCUGUCGUCCGAUCAACGCCAGACUUUGUCGAACUGGUGUAAAGACGCUACAGAUAUCACCAACGCCAGAGACAAAUUGUUAUACCGAGCCUCUCGCGAUGGCUGGGCUGCCUCCCACUUUCACUCCUGUUGUGAUAACGCGGGACCAACAGUUACAGUGAUCAAGAGUGGAAACUACAUAUUUGGAGGAUAUACUGAUCAAAAUUGGGAAAGAUCUUCUGGGGGAAUUUAUCGCAGAGCGCCGGACUCAUUCCUGUUCACCCUUGUUAACGCGAGUGGUCUUCCCCCAACGAAGCUACCUUUAUUAACUGGAAAAGAAGAUAACGCUCUCCUUUUGAACGGCAACUUUGGGCCGUUAUUUGGGUUUGGUGGAUUUGAUCUUUAUAUUGUUAAUGAACCCAACUCCAAUAACUGCAGCUCAAACCUGACCUCUUACCAGUGCCCAACAGGUCAGAAUGCAAAAACCUUCUUAGCUGGAACUCAGACCUUCGUGGCGAGUGAGAUGGAAGUGUUUGGGUUCUAG